AUGAUUGUCACACCGCGGGUAAACGCAAAGCCGAGGGUAAAUGCAAAGCCGAGGCUGAUGACAGUGCAAGAGCCGUUGAUUCGCCCUUCAGGCUCUACCAAGGCACCCUCAGCAUCUGGCCAAUCUGUAAAGUCCUCACACAUUAGUGCCCCUCAAGCAUUUCAACAAAUGGGUUCGGAGAUCCGUGAUCUUAACACUACAUUCGGUGUUGCAGCGAGUGCUUUAAAAGACCACACUGAACACUCGAUUUCACACUCCAUAGAUCCCAUCCCUAUGCGCAGGGAGAGGGCUAUCUCUCAUUUGCUAACGGAGGGUCUAGAGGACGCUGAAGUAAUUGUGGUCAUGAAGCAGUUCAGGCAGGACAUCUCUAUUGCAGACUUGUACUUAGCUAUUAUCAAGGCCAAGGAUAGUAUAUGUCGAUUGUUUUUGCAGGACCUAGUCAAUAGUUAG